UUUUUUUAGGUAAACACACACGUUCCGGGAGAGCGUGCUUGGCUAGAAAAAUAUUCUGCUUAACAAGUCAGUAGUUUGGUUUCCCUGGAAGUAGCAGCAUCUCCAAGCAAGUCUCAUAAUGGCUAAAUUAACUUUUAAAGUUGCGGACAUGUCCCUGGCGGACUUUGGCAGAAAGGAAAUCAUUUGUGCAGAGAAUGAAAUGCCUGGACUGAUGGCGUGUCGCAAGAAGUAUGGACCACAGAAAAUUCUCAAGGGUGCCAGAAUUGCAGGAUGUCUUCACAUGACAAUCCAAACGGCUGUUCUUAUCGAGACACUGGUUGAGCUGGGAGCUGAGGUUCAAUGGUCAAGCUGUAAUAUUUUCAGCACCCAAGAUCACGCUGCAGCUGCUAUUGCUGCUGCUGGAGUUCCAGUUUAUGCAUGGAAGGGGGAAACGGACGAGGAGUACUUGUGGUGCAUUGAGCAAACACUUGUCUUUGCCGAUGGUGAGCCACUAAAUAUGAUCUUGGAUGAUGGAGGAGAUCUUACCAAUCUCGUACAUGAAAAGUACCCACAGUUCCUGAAGGGGAUUCGUGGAAUCAGUGAGGAAACUACCACUGGUGUCCAUAAUCUCUACAAGAUGUUCCAGGAAGGAAAGUUGUCGGUGCCAGCAAUCAAUGUCAAUGACUCAGUGACCAAGAGUAAGUUUGACAAUCUCUAUGGAUGCCGGGAGAGUUUAAUCGAUGGAAUCAAGAGGGCUACAGAUGUAAUGAUUGCUGGAAAGGUUUGUGUAGUGGCUGGCUAUGGAGAUGUUGGCAAGGGAUGUGCUCAGUCACUGAGGGCUUUUGGUGGGAGGGUGUUGAUCACCGAAGUUGAUCCCAUCAAUGCUCUUCAGGCUGCCAUGGAAGGUUAUGAGGUCACGACAAUGGAUGAAGCCAGCAAACAAGCCACAAUCUUCGUUACUGCUACUGGAUGUGAGGGUAUCAUUGAGGAUCGUCAUUUCCAGAACAUGAAGGAUGAUUCAAUUGUGUGCAACAUUGGCCACUUUGAUUGUGAGAUUGAUGUCAGUUGGUUGGACAAGAAUGCAGUUGAAAAGGUUGAAAUUAAGCCACAGGUUGAUAGAUACACGCUAUCCAAUGGCAAUCACAUUAUUGUCUUGGCUUCUGGACGUCUUGUCAAUCUGGGUUGUGCUACGGGACAUCCUAGCUUUGUCAUGUCCAACUCGUUCACCAACCAAGUGCUGGCGCAAAUUGAGCUAUGGACCAAGAGUGAUAAGUACAAGGUGGGCGUGCAUAUGCUACCUAAGAAGCUGGAUGAAGAAGUAGCAGCUCUGCAUUUGGACAAAUUGGGCGUCAAGCUGACUAAGUUGACGGAGAAGCAAGCCAAAUAUUUGAGCGUACCCCAAGAAGGACCAUUCAAGCCAGAUCACUACAGAUAUUGAGAACUGCAAGAUACAACGAUCAGGGAAAUCUCAUAAAUUCAUGGAACAAGAGGACAAAAAUAAACCGAGAACAAAGUUGGAAACGGCGCCAAAAAUACAGCAAUGUCUCAACUAAAUCACUAAUAAUAAGAGAUCUCUUAAAAAUUUGAUAAGAGAAAUAAUCCAACCAAAAUAAUAAUGAACAAUUUAAAA